AUGUCAACAUCACUACAAGAGAUAAAUGAGAGAGUUGAUGUAUUGGAAUCAUUCCCAUUCAAUGAUGAUCAAUCAUUGAUUGAGUCAUUGCCAUCGACUGUUGGCUACGUACCAUACAACUCCAACAACUUUAUGGACAGAGGCGCAUUUGAGACACAGUGGGCCGAGGAGAUGUCGGCCAUGGAGAAGCUGGAGGAGUUGCUCAAGGCCGGCGAGCAAUACAUCAAUAUGGUCUACACGUAUCGUUCGUGUAGCAAGGCGUUGCCCCAGGUCAAGAACUCUGAGCAGCCCAACAAACAGCAGAUCUACGAGGGAUACUAUGAGGUACUGGAGCCAGAGAUCAAGAAGUUAAAGGACUUUAUGUACUUCCAGCGCGACACCAUCAAGGUAUUCUGCGAGUAUGUCAAGAAGAUCGCUGCCACCUACGACAAGAAGAAAGAGACUGUCGUCGUGUCCGAAGCCCUCGUCUCCUACCUCAUCCGUCUACUCGAUCUCUUUGCCCUGCUCGACGCCCUCAAGAACAUGAAGGCAUGUCUAAACAAUGACUUCUCAUUCUUCAAGAGAUCAUCAGGAUUCUUGAGGAAACAGAUGACAGGCGCAGAGGAUCAAACACAGGAGAAUCAAACGUUGUACUUCUUCUUGGCACAUCAGAACUCGAUCACAACAGCUUUGAAGCAGGAGUUGCACAACUUUGAGAAGUUGAAACAGGAGCCAGGCAAUGAGAAGUUGAAGCAGGAGUUGCAUAAUAUUGACGAGGUGUUGUCGGUGAUUGUCAAUCAGUGCGCCGACUACUUGGAGAAGGAGAAGUACAUCCUCCCCACCGAGAAGCACUGUCUGAUGCGUGUGAUGCCCUACGUGCUCUUCCUUAUCGACGAGAAUGACAACAAGCACAACAUCUUCAAGAACAAGUCGCUCAACCUGUCGGCCUACGCCAAGAUCUUCCGCAAGAACCCCGUGGUGCCACUGUACGGUGACAUGCAGAUCACGCUGGAGGCGCUGGUCAAGCGCUCGCCACACUUUGACGAGAAGGCCUGGGGCACGUCGUCGAUGGACUCCAAGGUGGCACUCGACUAUGAGAUCAUUCACACGAUCGAACAGACCAAGCAGCUGUACAUCGACUACACGGCCCGCUUUGCCAACAUGAUCAACGACAUUAAGGCGUCACGACAGCGCAAGGAGCCGCUGCCCUUCCCCGAGGGCGACAUCAAGGAGAUCGUGCUGCAUGGCCUGCGCAUCCUGUCCGAGUGGUCGUCGCACGUAUUGCAGCAGUCGGCCUGGAAGUACUCCAAGCCCAACAACGACCAGAAGAUCCAGGCACAGUUUGACUAUGAGCGCGUCGUCAAGUACAACUACACACCAGAGGAGCGCGUUGCCCUCAUCCAGAUGAUCGCCAUGAUCAAGGGACUGGGCUCGCUGAUCUCCAAGUACGAGUCGCUGCUCGAGCCAUACAUUAAGCGCACGAUCCACGCUGAGCUGCAGGAGUUCAUCCAGGUGCAGCUGCGCGAGACCAUCAAGUCGUUCGCCAAGAAGAAGGAGCACAUCAAGAUCGAGCUGAACCAGCUCAAGAACCUGGCCGCUGACUGGCUGGGCGGUGCCGAGCCCCAAGAGUCAACCAGCUCCAAGAAGAAGACCGACGAGAAGGUGCAGUAUCCCUCGCGUCCCGUCCCACCCUCCACCACACAGCUCGACCUCAUCCUGACGAUCGUCUCGUCGUUGAUGUCCAAGAAGAAGGAGUUCAGCAGCACUCAGUUCUCUGAGCUCGAAACCCUGCACAGGUCGGCCUACUUCUACCGCUACCUCGUCAACCUGAGCCACACGAUCAAUCACAUCACCGACUUGGCCGACCUCUGGUACCGUGAGUUCUACCUGGAGCUCAACAACCGUGUGCAGUUCCCCAUCGAGUCGUCGCUGCCCUGGAUCCUCACCGAUCACAUCCUCGAGUCGGACGACCCCUCGCUCAUCGAGUACAUCUUCUACCCACUGGGUCUCUACAACGACAUCUCGCACCGCGCUCUCCAGUCGCUCAACCAGCGCUUCCUCUACGACGAGAUUGAGGCCGAGCUCAACCUGUGCUUUGAUCAGCUGCUCUACAAGCUCAGUGGCAAGAUCUAUGCGCACUUUAAGCAGCAGGCCAGCAGCAUCUUGUUGGACAAGAGCUAUAAGGAGCAGUUGGAGAUCGCCCAAUUCCAGGGCAAGCUCAACAUCCCCAAGUCCCGUUUCGAUGUUCUCCUGCGUCAGAAGCACAUCUCAUUGCUUGGCCGCUCGAUCGACCUGUCUGGCCUGCUGGCUCAGCGUCAGAACAACUACCUGCGACAGAACAUCGACUAUGCCAUCUCAAGAUACGAGGCAUCUGAUUUGACGUCGAUCGUCGAGCUCGAGACACAGCUGAUCAACAUCCGUCUGACCUACCGUCUGCUGUCUCAGUUCCUCACGCUGGACCCACUCGAGUCAAUCAUGAACGAGGUGAAUGACUCCACAUCGCUGGUCUCUUACCAUGGCCGUAUCGCUCUGCACACAAUCUUUGAGCUGAUGAGCGACUUUGGACCAAACUACACCUUUAACUCGAUCACGCAGCGCUUUGUCAAGGCGCCCUACUUAUUCACCGACGAGAUCACUCGUGAGUCGAUGCCCAAGUCCAACCCGUUGUUCUUGUUUGGCAACAAGCACUUCAACGCAGCGUACGGCAAUGCCGCCGAGCUCCACAAGCACUUCUUUGGACUGCCACACGUACACUCGCUGAUCAACACAGUUGGCCGCAAGAACCUGCCCCUGAUCGUUGGCGAGUGUCUCCGUAACAUUGAGAUCAAGAUCUCCAACGUGUUGACACCAUACUGUCGCGAGCUCAUCCAGAGUGGUAUGCCCGCCAGCCAGAAGCUGCCCAUCUACGACUACGGUACCGAGGGUGGUUACGGAUACUUCCAACUGAAGCUCAAGGACAUCUACACCUAUCCCGAUCUUCGUCCCGAGGUCGUCCAGUGUUUCAGAGAGCUCGGAAACAUCAUCGUGUUUAUGAACCUCUUGGACCAGGCCCUGGUGCAGAAGGAUGCAUUCAACUUUGUCAAGGCCGCUCCAUUCCUUGGCUACACACCCGAGUCAUGGUACUCGGACCAAGGCGAGGAUCCAACUUUGGAGUCACCUCUGUACUCACAGCUGCAAAAGAUGGCCAAGAUCAUCGAAGAGAAGCCAGACGUCACCAAGGUGCCAGAGUACUUCAAUGAGAUUGUCGCCAACGCAUGGCGUGCAGACAAGUUCUACAGACCAAGUGGCAACCACACAUCGCUGUUCAAGUCAGUGUUGCAGAGCAUCUCGCAGAUACUCAACACUGUGCGUGUUGAAUGGUCGGGCACAACACCAGAGAAUGGAGUUAUCAACGUUGACUCCUCCACCGAGUUCUACCGUCUGUGGAGUGCACUUCAGUUUGUCACCUGUUGGCCACUGACCAACGAGAACGACAAGUCCUACCAGGAGCUGUUUGGUGAUGGCUACAUUUGGGCAGGAUGCACAAUCAUUCAUUUCUUGGGCCAACAGUACCGUUUCGAGUUGUUUGACUUCUGUUAUCACAUUCUCAACGUGGAAGAGGCAGCAGCAGUCAGGAGUGACAAGCCAGCUCUCAAGAACUUCUUCAAGACAGCUCAAUUCGUUAAGGACAUGAACCAACAGAUAUUCUCGAUCCUGAACACUUACUGUCCACCACCAGCACCAUCCAACAUGGUCCUGUCACCACCAGCCACCGAGCAGGCCGAGCAGUUCAUCAUCACCACGACCGAAGAGGUGUCAUCGGCUCCAUUGUCCCACAGCAUCAGUAACAAUAACCUGUCAUCUGGCUUCCCUCCACCUCCUCCACCAGGCGCACUCAACAACUUCCCUCCACCUCCUCCACCAAUGAUUGAUGACAUGCCUCCACCUCCACCCUUGGGCAUGCCACCCCCUCCACCUCCAAUGUAA